AUGGGACGAAAAUGGUUGGAGACCAUGGCUGCAAGUGCCAUGAACGAAGUCAAGGAUUCCUAUGCUAAUAAUGGUGGUGGUGGCAGUGGCUCCAAACUAGUAGGAUCCUUGGUCACGGGUGCCAUGUCGGGUGCAUUGGGUGGCAAAGGUAGCUCCGCAUCCAGCGCCUUGCAAGCAGCUCUAGGUGGUGUGGAGUUGGGUCCUACGGUCGGUGCCAUUCAAGAACGGGGCUCCAAAUGUUCGCAGCUCGCCACCGAAACUGUGGAAUUGUGUCAAACCACCCAAUCCAAGAGUGAACAAAUGAUUGCGUUUGGAAAGGACAUUCAAUCGUCUCUGGAAGGAUUUUCUGGAAAGGUGGAUUCGUCCGCGCUCGAAACCAUCAAGGACUUGACCGAUGGAGCCAAAUUGCAACAGGCCAAGAGUCUUGCGCAAGGAUUGGAUACCAUUGCCCUUGACUGCAUCAACAAGUCGGUUCAGAUGAUAGAUUUGAUGGAAGAUUCCAUGGGAGCCUUGCCAGAUUCCGUCGAAGGGAUGAUUGAAGAUUAUGCCAAGCAACUAGAAGAUGACGGUGGAGCAGAAGCGGAAUCGUUGAAUCGUCUGAAAGGAGUGGAUCAGGAUUUGGACGAUGUUCAAUCUUGCAUCAAGGCCAUGCAGGAAUUGAAUUUGGCAACGGCCUUUCAGAUUGGAUUAAAAGCCUUUGAGCAAUUGUCGGCCAAGGCAGAAACUUCGCGGGCGUUGUUUAGCAGCAUCCAAGGGUUUUCCACAUCGGUGCGAGACAUUACGACUGACUUUUCCAAAUUGAGCAUGGCAUCACUGUACAGCAAAAUCAAGGAUAUUCUAAAGUGCAUUCGACUAUCAGAGGUGAUGCGAGCAUUGGCCGAGGCUACGAAAAAGAUUAUUCGUGUCCUGAUUGAUCUCUUUCAAGCGACUGCGUCCAAGAUUAGCAGUCUUUGGGCGGCACUGGCCUUUGCCAAGGAUUGCAUGUCGGACUGUUUGGAGUACGUGCUACAAGCCAAAGGUCUUGUUAUGGAUGCUCAUGACAAGAGCUUGAGUCUGGUCACCAAAAGUGAAUCGGUUCUGGGACAGCUUAAAACGGUAAAAUCGAUCAACAAGGAUAGCUUUGGGGCUAUUAAAGAAUUACGGCAAGGUGACGAUUUAAAGGACGCCAUUUCGUUGGCGACCAACAUGGACGAAAUGAUUAAAGAAUGUACUUCCAAAGUCACCAGUAUGGUGGAUCGAGUUCAAGACGGUUUCAAGAAUUUGCCCGAUAUCAUUACGGAUGGGUUGGAUGUGGAGGCCGAGGGACGGGACGACCAUGAUGCCCAACCACGGGGUGUCGACGAAGACAUUCGUGAUUUGGAGGCGUCCACUCAAGCCAUGGAAAAGUCGGAUAUCUUUACGGCUUGCAAGACGGGAGCAUCAGGAUUGUCGUCGGUAUCCACCACGACGGAGUCUUGUACCGAAAUGCUGCUCAAAGUUCGCGACUUUUCGGAGAACUGCAAUUCCACCAUUGCAUCGUUCAUGGGGGUCUGGGAUUUGGAAUCGGCCAUGAUUAAGAUUCAAGAAAUGUGCCGGAUGGUGGCGCUCGGUAACCUGAUGCAAGAGUUUGCUCGCAGAAUCAAGGGGCUUGUCCUGGCCAUUCUAGGAUUGCUGCAAGCAACAUACAAGAAGCUUUGUACUCUCGAAUUGAAGGAUUUGGGUAAGAAUCUAACGGCAGGAGUUGCCACUGCGGUGGGUGGAGUCUUGGGUAGUGACGUGGGCAAGCUGGCGGGUAAGAAUCUAGAUCAAGCAAUGAACAAGUUUACAAAAGGGUUCGGAGGUUUGUUUGGAAAGAAAUAG